CCGAGAAGACAGAUGCCUCCACUGGACGAGGCGCUAGCAGAGCUGGAUGAGUCGGUCGCAGUGGGCGAGCUGGCUGCGCUCGAAGAGUCGGUGGCGGAUGUCGAAUCCGCCGCGCUAGAGGAGUCAGUCGCGCUGGCCGUGGAAGCGGGUGCAGUCGACGACGCGCUGUCGCUCGACGAGCAACCAUCACCCAGACCGAGGAUACAAAUCCCACCACCGCUCGAUGUGCUGGUAGGGUCAGCUGAGCUGCUCGCAGGCGUGGACGCGGAGGUGCUGCCCGCGCUGCCCGAGUCGGUGGUUGACGCGACGGUCGCAGACGAGCUGGGCGACGCGCUUGCGGUACUCGAGUCCGUUGCGCUGGGGGUGGACGACGCAGCGACGGUGGACGAUGCACUGUCGGAGCUCGACGAGCAGCCAAUUUCGAUGCCAAGAAGGUUUACGCAGCCGCCUGACGAGCUUGCACUCGAGGACGACGCCGGGUCGCUUGACGAGGGUGCGGAUGUCGAUGAGGCGGAAGAAGACGACGUGGACGAGGACGACGCGGACGAGGAGGCGGACGAGGAAGAGCUCGAACUCGACGCGGAAGACGACCCAACAGACGUCGACGUCGCGGGGACCAAGGCGGUUGUCCCAGAUGAGCUGGAACAACCGUCCGUCAGUCCUAGGGACGGGAGACAAAGCCCGCCGUUUCCUGGAUUAGAUGGAGCGGUGCUACCUCCACUGCCAAAAAGACCAUGAUCCUGGCGGGGGUCGAGACCAGAGAUCUUGUCCUGGAUUUUGUGGAGCAAGGAGCGACGGGCAUGAGAGGACUUCCAGGAGGAGUGCGUGAAGGCAUGAGCAUAAGAGAUCUGCAGGACGAGCGCGAAGACGAAGAGGCGAAGGACGAGCAGACGAGAGGAGAAGACAGAAAACAUUGGUCGGGCGCGUGGUUACGGGCGAGAGCGGUGUUGCUAUGCUGCGGGUGAGCGGGGACGGCGCGACACUGCCUUGAAAGCGUCCGCCAGGUAGAAGGAGCGUGGUGCUGCUAUGGUGGGCAGGGACGGGCGAAGGCGAAGGCCUGUGCGAGGACGAGGAGGACAAGGAGGAAUAACUUACGCCUGGGGCAGAAGUCCGAGACGCGCGCCG